AUGUACAAGAUGACAAGUCGUUACAGAGGGAUCGACUCUUGGGACAAGGGUCUCGAGGGGUACAGGAAAGCUUCAGGAACUCCAAGCUCUAUCAUCACUUUCCUGACCAUAUUUAAGAUGAUGCAGAAUUUCCUCCAGGAGAACAAUCAACUUUCACAGGAGCCAAUUUUAGAGCCUUUCGCCCUCGAACAGAUACGGAGAGACCUUGAUGGCUACCGUGUGAGCUCACCUAAGGUAGACACAAACGGUUGGGCUGCAGAGUACGAUCCUGGUCAACAGGACCGAUUGGACGCGGCAUUCCAAGCUUCAAGAACAGGAGGCUUUGUACCACAGGGCUUCAGUCCGUCAGAAUUUCAAAAGUUCGAAAUGAUUCAAAGAAAUGCGCAUCAACGAGUCGGUAGUCCCAAUUCCCGGCCGGGCAUUGGAACACAUGGAUUUCAGAGACCGCUGGGCAUAGGCUUUGGGAUGGGCCUAGGGUCAAUGGGCUCGCAAUAUAGGCCUAUGAACAUGCAACAGCAACCUUCAAGACGGGCUGAACAGUCAAAAGGGAAAGGUCGCAUGGUUGAACUAGACGAUACCGAGUGGGAAAAGCAGUUCAAAGAGAUGGAUCAAGCCGACCAAGGUCAGGCCAUCGACACGGAGGCAAGAGCGGCUAUGGAGAGAGGACUUAAUCAAAUGGACAGGUCAGUUCUCUCGGAUUCAGAAACCAAUCUUGGUGAUUUUGAAUCAAUAUGGAAAGGCAUCCAAGCUGAAACGGCAGCAAGCAGAACCCUGAAUGGUAUGCGUAAUGGCGAGGAGCUUGGCCUACACAUGGGGGACGACCUUGAUGGUAUCCUCAACAAUGUAAAUACUUGGGAUGCUUUCGACGGCCACUUCACGGACCACAUGCGAGACCCGCAGUUAGGAAAUUACACGUUCGAAGAAGAUAACCCGUACCAAGGCACGGCGAACCCGUACGAGGAGGGCUUGAAAAUUGUGCAUGAAGGAGGCAAUCUCAGCUUAGCUGCUUUAGCCUUUGAAGCAGCAGUUCAGCAAAGACCAGACCAUGUGGCCGCUUGGUCAUCACUGGGCUCAGCCCAGGCACAGAAUGAAAAAGAAACACCUGCCAUCCGCGCUCUGGAGCAUUGUAUCAAGCUAGACCCAGGUAAUCUACCAGCUUUGAUGGGCCUAGCCAUCUCCUAUACGAACGAGGGUUACGAUAGUACAGCAUACCGGACACUGGAGCGCUGGCUUAGCACCAAAUAUCCGCAGAUCAUCCCACCUGGAGGCCUCAGCGCCGAUACUGACCUUGGCUACACAGACCGUCACAUCCUGCACGAGAAGGUCACGAAUGACUUCAUUCGCGCGGCGCAGCUUUCUCCAGGAGGCGAGCAUAUGGAUCCUGACGUGCAAGUCGGACUUGGUGUACUGUUCUACGGCGCAGAGGAGUAUGCAAAGGCAGUGGAUUGCUUUGAAGCCGCGUUAGCCUCUGCAGAGGAAGGUAGCACAAAUAGCGACUCGCAAGCACACCUCCUUUGGAACAGACUCGGCGCCACACUUGCAAAUUCCGGCCGGAGCGAGGAAGCUAUCGAUGCGUACGAGAAGGCGCUUUUGCGAAAUCCAAAUUUUGUGCGCGCGAGGUACAAUUUGGGUGUCAGCUGCAUCAACAUCGGAGUGUAUGAACAGGCCGCGCAGCAUCUCCUUGGUGCGCUGUCGAUGCACAGGGUCGUGGAAAGGGAAGGACUGGAGAGGGUCAAGGAAGUCGUUGGUCGAGAAGUAGAGGAGCAAGAGGUCGAGAGGAUGGUGGCAAUGAAUCAGAGCACGAAUCUAUUGGAGACAUUGAGAAGGGUGUUCCAGAGCAUGGGGAGGAGAGAUUUAGCGGAUAAAGUAGAGGUUGGCAUAGAUGUUGAGGCAUUUAGGGGGAGUUCGAUUUCUGAGGGUGAAGAUGGUGUUGGAGAUUUGCGUGCCAGAUUACGCAUGGAUAGAAGCAAGAACAGCGUUUUGGAUACGAUAUGA